AUGGAUCUGAUUGUGACUACUCUGAUCAUUGCAGUUAGCUUUGUCAUCUUAUCUUUCACCAGCCUUUUUCAUAAAAAGCCUAAGGUGGGAAAGCACCCAAAAAGUUUGCCUUCCUUCCCAUUCAUUGGUAGCCUGCUAAGCCUGAGGAGUGAUCUUCCUGCUCACCUGCUCUUCCAGAAUUUCCAGAAGGACUAUGGCGAUAUCUUCUCUCUGAUGUUGGGUCCUCACUACAUGGUGGUGAUCAAUCACUAUAAGUAUGCCAAGGAGGUCCUCGUUAAAAAGGGCAAGGUCUUUGCAGGGAGACCCAAAAUGGUGACAACAGACCUCCUCAGCAACGAUGGGAAAGGCAUUGCAUUUGCGAGUUUCAGCCCAACCUGGAGGUUUCACAGAAAGCUCGUUUAUACACAUCUCUACGCAUUUGGGAACCAUCUGGAGACUCUUGAGGAAACAAUUCGCAAAGAAGCCACUUCGAUUUGCACCGACUUUGAACAGCUUGUUGGCUCACCACUGAACAUAAUGACCGAGGUGGCAUGGUUUCUCUCAAACGUGAUUAGCUUGCUAUGUUUCAACUCAACCCUCGCGAAAGAUGACCCAGAGUUCCUGAAGGUCCUCCAGUAUAAGCAAGGAAUUGUGGAAAGUGUGGGAAGAGACAACCUAGUGGACAUCUUCUCCUGGCUACAGUAUUUUCCCAGUGAGAAUCUUCAGAUCCUGAAACGAUCCCUUGCAAUUCGAGACAGUAUCCUCACGAAGAAAUUUGAAGAGCACAAGGCAAACUUUAAGAGCGACUCCAUAAAGGACUUGACCGACGCUCUGCUGAAAGCUCAGGAGAAUGCCAAGAACAAGACUCAGCUUCCUGGACCACAGCUGACUGAUGACCACUUGAUGACAACAAUGGCAGACAUACAUGGAGCCGGAAUAGAGACCACAAGCAUCAUCUUUACUUGGAUCCUUUUUUACCUGCUUCAGUAUCCUGAGAUACAAACUAAAAUACAAGAGGAAAUCGACGAUAAUAUUGGGUUUGAGAGAACUCCUCAAUGUCGUGAUAGAAAAAACCUGCAUUUUCUCAAUGCGACCAUCAGUGAAACCCUGAGGAUCCAACCUGUGUCACCUCUCCUCAUCCCUCACGUGGCUUUGGUGGACACCAGCAUCGGUGGCUACACAAUCCCCAAAGGCACCCAGGUGACCGUCAACCUCUGGGCUAUUCACCACGAUGAGAGGGAGUGGAAGAAUCCAGACAUCUUUGAUCCGACCCGCUUUCUGAACAAAGAGGGCAAGCAUAUGCACUCUCCUUCGCCGAGUUUCAUGCCGUUCAGUGCCGGCCCCAGGGUUUGUGUUGGAGAGGUCCUCACCAAGAUGCUGCUUUUCCUCUUCUUUGCGACCUUCCUUCAGCGCUUCUCUGUCGAAUUCCCCCCCGGGCAGCGGCUGGCUGACCUGGAAAGAAAAUUCACCAUUGUCCAGCAGCCAAAAGAUUUUAAACUUCAGCUCAAGACCAGGAGGGAGUGGAACAGUCGCACGCUGUGA